AUGGAGAGGACAGAUACGCCCUUGGACACCUCAAACACCCUCAGCUUACAGUCAAAACUGUCAGUUUCCAUCAUAGCCAACCCACCCACACUCUGUCUUCAGGAAAGCAAACACUGGGCUGAAAACGUUGUUUUCCUCUGCAGCAAAACGCGGGUUGUGCCCACGGAGCAGCAGCGAUGGGACGUUGCAUGGCAGCCAUCGGGAUCCAUCCUUUCUCUGGACAGGAGAGGGGCCAAGAAAGUGCUGGAGAUCUACGUCAGGCGUUCAUUGAGCUGCUGUGAGAACACACAGGCGGCCAAGGAAAGGCUUCAGGAGAGAACCAAAGCACGAGGGAGGAAGGCAGCCGUGCUGCAAAGGUCGGAGAGUGACUUUGGCAAGUAUUCGCAUGCCAAAAGCAGCCUGAAGAAGGAGCAGGAAGAGGCAGCCAAGGAGCUGGGGCUGGAGGAGGCUGUGGUUGAGGAGAGCAAAGCGUCGGUUCCUGGGGAGGAACCUAAAGAGGAGCUGGAGCCUAAGAGGAAAAGCACAAAGAGCUCUCCCCAGAGCAAGGCUCAGCGCACCUGGUUCAAGAGCUUCUUAAAUCUGCUCUUCAAAAGGAGUCCGGAGGAGCAGAAGGAAAACUCUGGGCAAAAAGUGAAGGAAAAAGAUGUCAGAACUCCUUACAGCAGCAAAACAGAAGGGCCCAGGAGACCCAGAGCCGACACCAGCACAUCCCCUCCAGUGGGCAAAGCCUCCAGGAAGAGACCCAGCCUCAAGAAGGUCUUCUCCUUCAAAAAGAACGUGGAGGAGGAGCGUGGUGAGGCGGGGGCCAGGGCCAAGCGUCCCAGCUGCCUGCCCCUGCGGCACGUCCUUGCAUCCAGCCCUACAGAGGCUGAGCAGCCGGAGGGUUACUAUGCACGGGUGUCGGAGGAGGUCGGGCUGAUCGUGCAGGGCAGUGGGGAGCGCAGGGCUGAGCAGCUGCCAGGGCCAACCUGCGCCGAUGGGGUCGAUGAAGCCAUCAGAGAAAUUGUGGCCUUGCUGCAAGAAGCUGGAGAUGAGCUGGACAGGCAGGUGAGGGAAGACGUGCGGCUGCGGACGUUCUUCAGAGACAUGUCCUACAGCUCCUUCAAGAACCUGGCUGAUGCUUACGUCCGCCGGGAGAUGACAGCCAGCCGACCCAACGUCAACCCUCAGGAGAUCCAGUUUGCCUUCACGGUGCACCUCACUGCCAAAGUGGCCGGCAUCUGCAACCAGGCUGUGAACAGGAUCAUGGGGUUUGGCACCCGUUACUUGGAAGACUCGUUUGCACCCUUGUCCUACAGCAAAGUCCUCCAGGACAGAGCAAAGUUCAGCACAGACAACUGUGAGAGCCCGGACUGAUGGUGCUGCAGCUGUGACCCCAAUGAUGGACAUCAAUG